UCAAGAAUCAAGAAUCAAGAAUCAAGAAUCAAGAAACGGAGAUAACGAGCUUCUUCUUAGCUUAAUGGGUUCUUGCUUCAGUUCUUGUGUCAAAGCCGAUAAUCUUUUCCACAAUGGUAAGAGCAGCGAUCUUUACGGUUUAAGCAUAUCUAGCCGAAAAUCUUCGUCCACGGUGGCUGCAGCUCAGAAGACGGAAGGGGAGAUUCUUGAGUCGACUCCAGUCAAGAGCUUCACCUUCAACGAGCUCAAACUCGCCACAAGAAACUUCAGACCAGACAGUGUGAUCGGUGAAGGUGGGUUCGGUUGUGUCUUUAAAGGGUGGUUAGAUGAAACCAAUCUCACUCCGACAAGACCCGGAACCGGUUUAGUCAUAGCCGUUAAAAAGCUUAACCAAGAAGGCUUUCAAGGUCACCGUGAAUGGCUGACAGAGAUUAACUACUUGGGACAGUUGAGUCACCCGAAUCUAGUGAAACUGGUUGGUUAUUGCUUGGAGGAUGAACACCAUCUUCUUGUAUAUGAGUUCAUGCAAAAAGGAAGUCUUGAGAACCAUCUAUUCAGAAGAGGUACAUAUUUUAAGCCGCUCCCAUGGUUUCUACGGGUCAAGGUUGCGCUUGAUGCAGCAAAGGGGCUUGCGUUUCUUCAUAGUGACCCUGUCAAAGUCAUAUAUCGAGACAUCAAGGCCUCCAACAUUUUGCUUGACGCGGACUACAAUGGGAAACUUUCUGACUUUGGGCUAGCUAGGGACGGUCCAACAGGUGAUCGAAGCUAUGUUAGUACAAGGGUUAUGGGUACAUAUGGCUACGCUGCUCCCGAGUAUAUGUCCUCAGGUCACUUAAAUGCAAGAAGUGAUGUGUACAGUUUUGGUGUUGUGCUUUUAGAGAUUUUAACUGGUAAGCAAGCCUUGGACCAUAACAGGCCGGCUAAAGAAGAGAAACUAGUGGAAUGGACUAGACCGUACCUCACAAGCAAACGCAAGGUUCUCCAAGUCGUGGACCCUCGGCUAGACACGCAGUACCUACCCGAAGAGGCAGUGAGACUGGCCAGCAUUGCUGUGCAGUGUCUCUCCAUCGAACCCAAGUCACGUCCGACCAUGGACCAAGUGGUCCGUGCCUUGCAACAACUUCAGGACAAUUUAGGAAAACCUACUCAGCCUGAUCUGGUUAAGGGUGCCAAGAAACAGGGUUCUAAAACCGGAGUGUAGUUACCAGAAACACGGUUUAAAUAAAGACCUUUUAGCAAGCAUUAACCUGGUUAUUUCCGUGAUGGACUGCUGGCCGGCCGGGUACUUGUUAUUUCAAUUGAAUACGGUUAUGGACAAAACCGUGAAGGUCGAGACUAAUAACCUCAGAGAACAUGUGGUUUAGCCUUUAUACUUCCUCGUGUGCUGUGAUAUCGAGUGAAGUAUAUAUGUGGUUACUUUUUCUUGUUGUGUUGCAACCACUUGUAUUUUUGUUCCUCAAAACAUUUGAUGUAGAGAUUUUUAGUAUAUUUCAAGUUUUGGAAUCAACAGUUUUUCAAUGAUAUAGGUCAG